CUGGCGCUCCCCUCGGCCGGUCCUGAGCCCGCGAGGCGUGCGGCUCCGCUGGGCAUCGGCCGCCGAGCCUCUGGGUCCGGGUGGGGGGACUUCUUGAAAGCGCGGGCCUAGUCGCCCUCGGCCGGCCGUCUCCUAGGUGCAGGUAAUCCUGGAGGCCCAAGUGACCUUCAGACGGCAGAAUGAAUGACUGGCACAGGAUCUUUGCACAAAACGUACUUGUCCCUCCCCACCCACAGAGGGCACGCCAGCUUUCGAAGGAAUCAACAGCAUUUCAGUGUGUCCUGAAGUGGCUUGAGGGACCGCUAAUUAAACAGGGUAUACUGGAAGUGCUGUCCCAGGUGGAGUGCCAUCUUCGAGUGUCUUUCUUUGAUGUCACCUACCGACACUUUUUUGGGAGGACGUGGAAAUCCACAGUGAAGCCAACCAAGCAGCUCUCGAGGCAACUGUCCAGGAUCGUCUUCAAUGAGCCCUUGUAUUUUCAUACGUCCUUAAAUCACCCUAACAUCGUGGCUGUGGUAGAAGUGGUCACCGAAGGCAAGAAACAGGAUGGGACUCUCCAAACAUUGUCAUGUGGGUUUGGAAUUCUUCGGAUCUUCAGCAACAAGCCAGAAUCCCCUACCUGCGCUUCCCAGGACAAACGGUUGAGGCUGUACCAUGGCACUCCCAGAGCCCUCCUGCACCCGCUCCUCCAGGACCCUGUAGAACAAAACAGACACAUGACCCUCAUUGAGAAUUGCAGCCUGCAGUACAGCCUGAAGCCACACCCGGCCCUGGAGCCCGCCUUCCCCCUGCUUCCCGAGAACCUCCUGAUGUCUGGUCUGCAGCAGGUCCCCGGCCUCCUUCCAGCUCCUGGAGACACAGGUGAUGCCCUCCGAAAGCCUCGCCUUCAGAAGUCUGUCACGUGGUACUUAGAUGAUUUGUUCUUCACCCUGUAUCCCUCCCUUGAGAAGUUUGAAGAAGAGCUUCUGGAACUCCUUGUCAGUGACCACUUCCGGGAGGGGGGCGGUGUACUGGACAGUGGCGCCCUGGAGAUCCUGGAGCGGCGCCUGCACGUGGGCGUGCACAAUGGUCUGGGCUUCGUGCAGAGGCCGCAGGUCGUCGUUCUGGUGCCUGAGAUGGACGUGGCCUUGACGCGCUCAGCCAGCUUCAGCAGGAAAGUGGGCUCCUCUUCGAAGACCAGCUCUGGAAACCAGGCUCUAGUUUUGAGGAGCCGCCUGCGCCUCCCUGAGAUGGUGAAGCACCCGGCGUUCGCAAUCGUCUUUCAGCUGGAGUAUGUGUUUAACAGUCCUUCAGGAGUGGACGGCAACGCAACUUCAGCCACAUCUUUGUCCAGCUUGGCGUGUAUGCACACAGUCCGCUGGGCCGCUUGGAACCCCUCGCUGGGAGCUGGUCCUGGGAGGGUGACCUUGCCUCUGCAGGGCGGGAUCCAGCUCAACCCCUUUCACCGGCUGGUCUAUAAAGUGCCCUCAGCCAGCAUGAGCUCUGAAGAGGUGAAGCAGGUGGAGUCAGGAACGGUCCAGUUCCAGUUCUCCCUGAGCUCCGAAGAACACCAGGACAUACCCACAGAGCAUGCCAGCAGCACCGGAGCAGAGCGGAGGCCCUCCAGGAAGCCACCCACGUCCCCAUCAAGCCCUCCAGCGCCAGCACUCCAGGGUCUUGCUGCCACCCAGGACUCGCCUGUGGGACCAGGGUUGUCACUUUCCCAGCUGGCAGCUUCCUCACAGUCCCCAGCUCAGCGCCGCUCAGCCCGACCCACUUUACAGCAGCCAGGCGGCUCUCGGCCCUCCCCGGCCCAGGCACAGGAGCUCCCGUUGGAGGGCAGGAUCUCUCACUUGGAAGCUGACCUGAGCCAGACUUCCUCGGUUCUGGAAACAUCCAUCGAACAGCUACAGGAGCUGCCUUUCACACCUUUACAUGCUCCUAUCGUUGUGGGAACCCAGACCAGGAGUUCUGCAAGUCAGAUCUCGAGAGCCUCAAUGGUGCUCCUACAGUCCUCUGGCUUUCCUGAGAUUCUGGAUGCCAAUAACCAGCCCGCUGAAGCUGUGAAUCCUACAGAUCCUGUGAAGUUUAACCCUCAAAAGGAAGAAUCAGAUUGUCUUCAGAGCAAUGAAAUAGUGCUACAGUUUCUUGCCUUUAGCAGAGCAGCCCAGGAUUACCGAGGAACGCCAUGGCCAAAGACUGUGUAUUUCACCUUCCAGUUCUACCGCUUCCCACCUGUGACAACGCCACGACUGCAGCUGGUCAAGCUGGACACGGCUGGGAAGACUGGCUCAGGCCCCCUGUCCCACGUCCUUGUUCCAAUCAAUAAAGACGGUGCCUUUGAUGCUGGGUCUCCCGGCUUCCAGCUGAAGUAUAUGGUGGACCCCAGAUUCCUAAAACCUGGAGAGCAGCGCUGGUUCCUCCGCUACCUGGCGGCACAGACCCUGCAGCUUGAUGUCUGGGACGGGGACUCCUUGCUUCUCAUUGGAUCUGCUGCUGUUCAGAUGAAGCAUCUCCUCCGCCAAGGGCGGCCGGCUGUGCAGGUCUCCCAUGAGCUUGAGGUUGUGGCGACUGAAUACGAGCAGGACAUGGUGGUGGUGAGUGGAGAUGUGUCCAGGCUUGGCAGUGUCAGGCCCAUUGGCGUCCACACCGUGGUGAAGGGAUGGCUGCACCUGACCUUGGCCAACGUGGGUCACUCGUGUGAACAGAGAGUGAGAAAGUCCAGCGCAUUGCCGCCGUCCAGGUCUCGAGUCAUCUCGAAUGAUGGAGCUGGCCGCUUCUGUGGAGGCAGCCUCCUCAUGAGUGGAGGCCCAAGACCGGCGCGUGUGGUGCAGGCGCAGAAGCUGGCCGACGUGGACAGCGAGCUGGCCGCCGUGCUGCUGAGCCGCCCACCGGGUAGUGCAGGGCCCCGGAGUGCCGGCCGCGAGGCGGACGCCGUCCGCAGGCGCAAGCUGGAGCGGAUGAGGGCCGUGCGUCUGCAGGAGGCUGGGGCAGAGUGCAGCGGCGGCCGCAGGACCAGCGUGCUGGCUCAGCAGAGCAUCCGUGCACAGCACUUGCGGGACCUGCAGGUCAUUGACGCCUACCGCGAGCGCACCAAGGCCGAGAGCAUUGCCAGUGUGCUGAGCCUGGCCAUCACCACGCACCACACACUCUAUGCCACGCUGGGCACGGCUGAGUUCUUCGAGUUUGCACUCAAGAACCCCCACAAUACGCAGCACACGGUGACCAUUGAGAUCGACAAUCCUGAGCUUAGUGUCGUCCUGGACAGCCGGGAGUGGCGGUACCUCAAGGAUGCUGCUGGCCUUCUCACACCGGUGGAGGAGGACAUGUUCCGCCUGCAGGGCAGCCUGUCCCCCCAGCUCUAUCUGCGCCCCCGGGAGGUCAUCCACAUCCCCUUCAAGUACCAGAGCUUCUCCAUGGGGCAGCUGGCCCAGGCGCAGGCCUCCGCUGAGCUGCACUCCGAGGAGGGCACAGAUGCCGGGUCCACUUGGAAGUCUAGCACGAUGCCCACCAAACAUGCCAAGGUCGUGUUCCGAGCAAGCCGUGGCAAGCCCCUCGCUGUGCUCUGCCUGACCGUGGAGCCACAGCCCCACGUGGUGGACCAGGUGUUCCGCUUCUGCCACCCAGAGCUCACCUUCCUGAAGAAGGCCAUCCGCCUGCCCCCCUGGCGCACACUUCCAGGAGCUCCCAUGGGAAUGCCUGCUGAUGACCCCCCAGUCCAUGUGCGAUGUAGCGACCCAAACGUCAUCUGUGAGACCCAGAAUGUGGGCCCCGGGGAGCCACGGGAUGUGUUUCUGAAGGUGGCCAGUGGUCCAAGCCCGGAGAUCAAAGACUUCUUUGUCAUCAUCUACAUGGAUCACUGGCUGGCGGUGCCUGUGCAGACAUGGCAGGUGUACCUGCACUCCCUGAAGCGUGUGGACGUGUCCUGUGUCACCGGCCAGCUGACCCGCCUGUCCCUAGUCCUUCGGGGGAUGCAGACAGUGAGGAAAGUGAGAGCGUUCACUUCACACCCCUGGGAGCUGAAGACGGACCCCAGUGGGGUGUUUGUGCUGGCACCUCACGGGGUGCAGGACCUGCACAUUGGCCUGAGACCCUGGAGAGCCGGCAGCCGCUUCAUGCGCCUCAACCUGGUGGACGUGGACUACCACCAGCUGGUGGCCUCGUGGCUCGUGUGCCUUUCCUGCCGCCAGCCACUCAUCUCCAAGGCCUUUGAGAUCACGCUGGCUGCGGGUGAAGGGAAGGGUGCCCACAAGCGGAUCACCUACACCAACCCCUACCCCGCCCGGAGGACCUUCCACCUGCACAGCGACCACCCUGACCUGCUGCACUUCAAGGAGGACUCCUUCCAGGUCGGAGGAGGAGAGACCCACACCAUCGGCCUUCAGUUUGCACCCGGUCAGAGAGCGGGAGAGGAGGAGAUUCUGAUUUACAUCAAUGACCACGAAGACAAAAAUGAAGAGACAUUUUGCGUGAAGGUCAUUUACCAGUGAGGGCGUGGCCUUGAGGGGCUGCCCUGUCCCUGGUGUGCCUGCUCUUGCUCUGUAGACCAGUCCUGGCCUCUCUGCAGCGUUUGACCACAGCGACCCCCCAGGUCACCUGUGAGCUUGGCCUGUGACCAUUUUUGUAGCACCUGCACCCAGUCUGGCUGCUGUGACAGUAACAAAGACCACAAGGCUGAGGUAUGAGGUGCGCGUGGGACCCACUUCAUGUCCCUGUUGCUCAUGGAGGUUGUCUCCGCUAUGACUUUGUUUUGAUUUGCUUUUAGCAGAAUGUAUUUUAUGAAUCAUUCCGAAAUGAUAAAGUCACGUUUUU